GGGUUCCCCGGUCAGGGUGCGGGAAGUGUCGUGAGAGGGGGUGUGAUACGGUGUCAGUUUACUAGUUACUAUGUAUCUAUUUAACACACUAACUUUUCUUGAGUAACUACUGUACUUAUUUCCAUCGGAACUCUCCGAAUUGUCUAAUUGAAAUGGAGGUUUUUGUAAGUUUCAAAGCACAGAGGCAUUGCCAGCGGAAAAUUCAAUUUCCGGGGCGAUUGCUUGGGGGCUGGUGAGCUACAAAUGGGGAUUCUGUAGGGCCACUACGUGCAAGAAGCUAUAGCGACUGCCUGGCCGAUGGAAAAUCCGACCUCAAUAUGACUCUUUCGGAGUUCGGUAACUGUGUGCGUUGCUGCAAGAAACCCCGGGAACCGUUUCAGUUGGCCGGUAGCACCCCUCCCCCCCGUUUUACAGCUCCACAUCGACCGAGGACAUGGACUGAAAAUGCUGUGCAGCAUCGAGUGCUCGUAGUUUUUCUCCUUGCACUUGCCCAUUGUCGUGGGUUUUGAGCUCGAGGGGUGUUUCUGUGGGGUGGAUCCGCGGUGAUGGGCUCUCUUGCUGACGAUGGGAGAUGGACUGUGCGCCUGGCCGUGGGCCUGUUGGCCGGGGCCGCGGGACUUUACGGCCUCCACAAACUGGUGACACUAAAACGGCAGCAGCAGCGAGCUGGCGGCGACCGUCCGUCAGAGAAAAACCUAGUCCACCGAGUGACCGGCCUGAAGGUACCGGGUGAUGAGCAAGGAAUAGCAGAAGAGCAUUGUGGGUCUAACUACAACACAGGGACUGCAGCGAUUCAAAAAGGCAGCUCACCACCACCUUCUGAAAGGCAACAAAUGCUGGUCAGCUCGCAAAACUCACGUCCUACAAGAUUUCUGUGUGCAAAGUCUCCUGACGUCUUAGAACGACAACAUUUGCAAGCAGUUCUGGGCCUACUUAAGGAGUCCUCUGAUGCUUCCACUCGAGAACAAGCACUGGUGACUUUAGGGAACAGUGCUGCAUUCAGUGCCAAUCAGGAUCUUCUUCGAAACUUAGAUGGACUCAGCAUCAUUGCAAAUUGCUUGUUUGAUGAAGUCAUCUCUGUCAGAGUUAAGGCACUAAAUGUCUUGAAUAAUCUUUCCAUGAAUAUUGCUAACCAAAAAGAACUGAAGAUUUGGAUCCCACAAAUAUUGGAGAUUCUAAGGACUACCACUUUAAACUCUGAGCUACAAGUAGCUAGCCUUCGAGUGCUGACUAAUUUCUCCAUUACCAAUAAUUAUCAUUACAUGAUGACCAAUUACAUUCCUCACUUCCUUAAGCUCCUGGUGGAAGGAACAGAAAAAAUAAAGGUUCAAAUAUUGAAAGUCCUGAUAAACUUGUCCGCAAACCCAGACAUAUGUCAUGACCUUCUUAGUGCUCAGGCACCAUUGUCGUUGCUUUUAUUGUUUGACAGCUGUGUAAACAAAGAAGUUCUUCUUCGACUGUUGAUAUUGGUGGCAAAUCUAAAAGAAAAUUUGAGUCUGUUGCAGAACUCUGUUCAGUAUGAAUAUGAGGUGGAUUCUCUCCAUUCUGUACUAUUUGGGAAUGCAGUACCAUUUUCCCACAAACUCACAAAGCUCAUAUUGUACCAAGAUAAUGAAGUGAAACAACAGAUUGCUAGAAUUAUUACCAAAUGAUUUUAGGGACAUAUUAUUUGUAGGGAGAUACAUGUAGUUUAAUGUUUUAAUGAUCAUAUGAGUUACAUGUGAAAGUUUGAAUAUGGAUAUUUGCUGUGAUUUGGCAAACCAAGUUUCUACAUGUAUAUUAUUUUCAGGUAAACCCAGAGGGGAGCUUUUCCCAAUAUGCAGGUUAACUGUUCUUGAACCAGCGCUGGUUUUGUCAUGAUUGUGUUUGUAUUUUUAGAAGUCUAAUAGGUCCAGAAAUAAUGUUGGACUGCAGGCAUUAACCCCGAAAAGCAACAAUACAAAGAAAAAUUAAGAAUCCAUUUUGUAUCUUGUGAUUGGAAAAACAUUUUAAGUAACUUAAAAUGCACAGUAUCUGAAGUUUCCUUAAGUCUUCUUUAUGAAUCACUGUAACUGAUGAAAUAUUAUUAAUGAUGCUGACUUAUUUUUAUCUAAUUAUUUAAGCCAAAGUACUGUUAUGCGUCUGAUGUGGCAACAUGAUUAUAUUGAAAGAAAUUUAAGUGACAAACAUUCAUGGUUAGCCAUGAUUGAAUGGUGCAGCAGACCUGAUGGGCUGAAUGGCCCAAUUCUGCUCCUAUAUUUUAUGGUCUUAUGCUAUUGCAUAGCUCCCUGAACUGGAUGAUGCGUAUUAGCCAGGAUGGCCAGAGAAAGGUAGAAGUGGCAAACAGACUAGUUACUCGUUACUUUCUGUGUGACGAACUAAAGAUGAUUUCAGGAUAAAGCAUGCCGUUGAUAACAAUUAUGCAGAAAUUGACAGAAUACAACAUAAAGACAGUUCCAUUACUUAAAUUUUCUGUAUCAAGAUAUGAAAAUCAUAAGAAGGAAAUAAGCACAGGGAGGCAUUUGAAUGCAUUCAGUUGAGAAAGGACAUUUGCUGAAAUAGAUUUCAGAGUGAAAGUGUUAUUUAUCAAUAUUAAGACUGUACUACCAAAUUCAUGUUUUUGUUUUGGAGUUAAGAUUAAAGAAUUUAUAGUGUGUAGGAUAAGGAUUUUUCAGAUAUGACUUUGAGCCAGGGCCCUUUGGCUCUGUAGCAUAGGCAGAUAUAGAUUGAAGCUUCAAUAUCCAAUCUUCGGAUAAUAAAAUUGCAUCUGCGUGUCGCUUUUAUGUUCAUCAAACAUUUGCAAGAGUUAAAAGUUAAGUUUAAGAACUACAGUAAUAUCAUUUGUGUGUUUUUUAUUUUCCCAAAUAAAAUUUGUAACAAAAUACAGUAACUUAUGGACAUUUUUUUCCCUCACAAAAUAAGGUAAAUGUUUUAAAAAGAAACGGGCCACAUAUUAGCAUAACACU